AUGCCAUUUACCUAUCCUAUAUUUGGAAUGGUUCAUGCUACAAAACCCAAAACCCAUAAUCAAAUUACAUCUCACGAUCAAUCUGUAUUUCAUAAUCAAAUUACACCUUUUGGUCAAAUUAUGUCUUACCAAACUAUACAACCAAAUGGUCAAAUUAUGUCUCACCAAACUAUACAACCAAACAUAUCACCAGCUACACUAUCAAAUAUGCUACCAACUAUGCCACCAGGCUUUAAUCCAUAUAUAUAUCCUUAUAAUUCAUUUCAUUAUCAAAUACCUCAACCCCAAACUAUUACUAGAUAUAAUAUUUCUUUAAAUAAUUUUUUUUAUGAGUUGGAUAAAAUUUAUGAUGGUAAAGGAAUAUAUACCGCUUUAGAAAAAUCUUUUGAAAAGCAAGAGAUUAUAGUAAAUGGUAUAAAAGAGUUAACAGAUAAUCAACUAAUUGAAUUAGAU